AUGGCGUCCCGACGAUGGUCUGUGUUGGUUGGAAGGCUGCAGACAACGCGAUGUAUUCGAGGGACAUCGCCUUUGGGAGGUGCAAACUACUCUGCAGAAAAAGAAAUAGGUAGCAAAGUUUACAGGAGGUCAUUCAUGACAUCCCUUUUUCGUCAUGGUAAGGCGAUCGCAUAUCUCAGACAAGUCAGAAAACGACAAAUAUCGUAGGCUUCCAAAUAACGUAUGAUGUGGGCUGUAAAAUAAGGCUAAAAUAAACGUCAUUGUGAUCGUUGUUUUUUUUUUUGUGGGGAGGAAACGACCACUGUCAUUUUUCAACUGGUUGGGCUUGAUCGAUUCAGUAUUAAAGGAGGAAUCAAAGGCAUAGACUUCCAAAUGCACUGUUGCAUAAGCGCGAGUGUUAUUUGUUGUUCUUUGGAUAGAGGAUGAUCUUUGGUCAUACGGCGAUUUAUUAGCGUGGUUACUUAGAUCUAAAUGUGAUUUCCGCGAUACUCCUGUGUUGUCCAAAAAUAGACUCCAAUGGAGUUGGGGAUGUGGGGAAGUGUUGGGCUAUACUAUGCCUUUUUUGCAGGGGUAUUGGCUUUAGAGUUUUAAUUACAUCAGGGUAUGGGCUUUUUCCUUCACACUACCAAAGACUAGGUUUGUGUCAUGUCAAUCAAACAAACUUGUCAAAUGUAGAUUAUUGUGAGGGUGGUAGAUAAGUGUAUUUUUUGUUAUCAACAGGGUAAGGGUUUGAUGUCCAGAGUAGAAUCGUGUGGAGGGCACUUUAGGAAUUUCUGGGUGGGGAUGUGCUGCUGGGAGCCUGGAACCCUUAACCUUUACCAGAGCUAGUUCAGCUGAAUUUUGCUACCCUAUACUAGAGUAAACUCCCCAAAUCCCCCUAUCCUAGAGUAGCUGUGUACCUAGUCUAGAUAAAAUCUUCAACCAACUGAUCAGUUUCCUGAAAAAUGAUACCCUAUUCUAGAGCCAAACGCUCUGAUUUAUAUACCCUAUCCCAGAGUAAACUGCUUGAAAACCAUACCCUUCACAGCGGCACAUACCUAUAUAGCCNUAUCCACACCCAGGGAACUAUGUCAGUGACAAAUCAAACCUUUUAUUUUACUACAAGAUGAGACUUGAACUGUUUGUUCUAGCUGCAGCAUCCUUUUCUCUCUUUUCGUGUUUGCUCUUUGUCCAUCCCUGGAAAAAGAAAACAAAAACCAGGAAGAGAACAAAAAAAAUUGUAUACCUUGUUUCUUAAAAGGUGACAAAUGUAGUUAUUUCUUCUUUCAUCUUGAUGAUUGGCUUUUGAUGCCUCCAUGCAAGGUUAAAGUUCUCAUAUUGGAAUUUUCUGGAUAUGAUCAAGGCAGAGAGGACUAGCAAUCAAUAUAAAUAUGAAAGAAUAUUUGAACUGCCACCAGUUUUAAAUGGUAAGGUUUAUUAGGUGAUAACAUUAUUAUAUAACAUACAAGUAUUCAUGAAACUUGUUAUUUAUGAUUUUCAAGCUGUCCCCACAACACAAAUCCUCAUGCCAGCACUAUCACCCACAAUGGAGGAAGGAACAAUUGUGAAGUGGCUAAAAAAGGAAGGUGACAAUGUCUCCCCAGGGGACGUACUUUGUGAGAUUGAAACUGAUAAGGCUACAAUCUCCAUGGAUACUGAAGAGGAAGGAAUUUUGGCGAAGAUAAUAGUCCCAGAGGGAAGCACAAAUGUAAAGAUAAAUAAACUGAUUGCACUGAUGGUGGAGGAGGGUGUGGACUAUACACAGGUUGAAGCUCCAAUAGAUACAGGUACAAGACCUUCAAUUUACACCCUUUAUUACAGAAUUUAUUUGUACUUUACUCCCCUUAUGAAAAUUUGUGGAACCUCUUAAGCCUCACGAUUCAAGUUACAAAGAAAAAUGUUGCGAUUUAAUGUUAGUUAAAAGUCUCUGACAGGAGACUGAAAGACUGACUUGGCUUAUUGUCAUAGUACUAAUUAAUGAUUAAGUGACUUAUUCAUGGAGGAAAAAAAAAUAAAAAUAAAAGAGUUGUUUUAGUUAGGCUGCCUUUAGUUUAACCACUGAGUCUCAGAUUGCAUUGGUGACAAUAACCCUAUAGAGUUCUUAGAAAAGAGAGUCUAUUGCAGUCAACCCUGACACUUGUAAUGUUAUUAUGUUUUAUUUGAAAAACAAACAAAAUUGUUCUAUCAAGCACUAAUAGUAACCAUUGGUCUUCUUAAGAUGAGUCAGACAAAACAGAAGUUUCUUCAGAUCAGAGCAGCAGUACUGGUCACAGUGACACCACUGUGCUGAUAUCACCAGCUGUUAGACUACUUCUUGAGACAUAUCAGCUGAACCCUGGACUCAUUCCAGCCACUGGUCCUAAAGGAAGACUGCUCAAGGGUGAUGUGUUGAGGUUUGUGGCUCAAGGUGGAAAGCCCUUCACAAAACCAGAAGAAGCUAAGAUUCCUACGCAAGCUACCCCACCAUCAGAAAAUGUUCAGUUAGCUUUGUCUCGGCCAACAGCUCCACCCCAAAAAACUAUAACCUCAACUCAGACAAGUGGUAGGUACACCGUAUACUCUUUACCACCAUUAUUCUAACUGAAGCAGGGUGUGACUGUUCAAGUUUACAUCCUUACUUGUCCUACUGACAUCAUUCUAGAUUGGCUCCAUCAAAUAUGAAAUAAACAGCCAGUCUAUAGCCCAUUUGUUUGUUUACAAUGCAUUGAUGGUCAAUUUGUCCUCUUACAGUGAGUCAAGACUACAGGUCUCUAGGGCCUUGGAUCACCAUGACAUAUUGGAUCUGUGUAAAUAAGAAUGUUAGAGUUCUACAUAUACUGUACCUGUUCCACGCAGAACACCCUAAAAGGGACCACUGUGACUAAAGAUUAAAGGAGGUGCAUGGGUGUGGUUGGAAAAAUUAAUAUUUGAAUUUUUGAGGGCCAGUGCAAUAAUAAUUAGUUUUCUUUGAAGUUAUCGGAGCCUAUUCCUUUCUUUAGUAAUACCUUAUUACAGCUGUAUCUAUGAGUAAAAUUGUAGGGGUUGGAGUUGAUUUACGUCUAUGAAUUUUCAAUCCCUGGUUUUUUAGCCUGGGUUGUUAUUAAUAUUUUUCACUAUUUUAAAACUCAGUAGAUUAAGAAUAUUAUUGCAUCCUGUUUUUCAGACACAAAGCUUGUUUCACCAAAACCAUCUGAUGCAGUUGGCACAACAAAGUACAUUGACAUACCUAACACAAGUAUGAGGAGUACUAUUGCUAAGAGACUUGCGGAAUCUAAAGCUACUGUCCCACACACUUAUGCUUCUACAAACUGUGUUAUGAACAAUCUUAUUGAACUGAGAAAAGGUCUUGAGGUGAAGGUUUCUAUAAAUGAUUUUGUUAUCAAAGCAGCAGCCUUGGCUCUGAGGCAGGUUCCAGACAUGAAUGCCAUCUGGGAUGGGAAAGAGGCUCAGUUACUUAGUGAUGUAGACAUCUCUGUCGCUGUGGCAACUGACUCAGGGCUUAUAACACCAAUUGUCAAAACAGCGGAUAAUCUAAAAGUUGCAGAGAUUUCUUCUGUUCUCAAGGUAAUAAUUCAGUAAUAGAAGCAUGUCCAUGAUUUCUUGUAAUUUUAGCUCUAUGAUUCAUGCAAGGUGUCUUUAGAACUUUGCAUCCCUUUUAACUGCUGUAAGUGCACUGUCUUUUAAAUAGGAGUCAAUCACAAAAACAGAACGUUUUCUCGACUUUAUAAAGCCAUAAAAUUCAUCUGUUAACCCUUUGGGCCCUUUCACAGACCCAAAUGACAGAUUUCCCUACCCUUUUGUAUGGUUGUUGUUUGUUCCCUCUGCACCCAUUGUACAUCCCUCGAAGUACAAGCGGAGGGGUGGGGACGGGGGACUGAAAAAGGGUUAUACACUUGAAAUGUUUGUUUUUGCAAUACCUGAUAUCCAUCCUANAGACUUGCGGAAUCUAAAGCUACUGUCCCACACACUUAUGCUUCUACAAACUGUGUUAUGAACAAUCUUAUUGAACUGAGAAAAGGUCUUGAGGUGAAGGUUUCUAUAAAUGAUUUUGUUAUCAAAGCAGCAGCCUUGGCUCUGAGGCAGGUUCCAGACAUGAAUGCCAUCUGGGAUGGGAAAGAGGCUCAGUUACUUAGUGAUGUAGACAUCUCUGUCGCUGUGGCAACUGACUCAGGGCUUAUAACACCAAUUGUCAAAACAGCGGAUAAUCUAAAAGUUGCAGAGAUUUCUUCUGUUCUCAAGGUAAUAAUUCAGUAAUAGAAGCAUGUCCAUGAUUUCUUGUAAUUUUAGCUCUAUGAUUCAUGCAAGGUGUCUUUAGAACUUUGCAUCCCUUUUAACUGCUGUAAGUGCACUGUCUUUUAAAUAGGAGUCAAUCACAAAAACAGAACGUUUUCUCGACUUUAUAAAGCCAUAAAAUUCAUCUGUUAACCCUUUGGGCCCUUUCACAGACCCAAAUGACAGAUUUCCCUACCCUUUUGUAUGGUUGUUGUUUGUUCCCUCUGCACCCAUUGUACAUCCCUCGAAGUACAAGCGGAGGGGUGGGGACGGGGGACUGAAAAAGGGUUAUACACUUGAAAUGUUUGUUUUUGCAAUACCUGAUAUCCAUCCUAUCAGUACUCAAGAGAUGGAGAUAGGCUGCAGCUGUCUGAGACCUUGUGGCUCAACUUUUCCUUUUUAAAAAGGAUUUUGUUUCAACCCUUUACCUUUUUCUACGGGCACAUUGUUCAGUGAGUUGUCAAGGGAACAUUUUACUGAGAGGAUGCAGUUUUCCUUGUCUGAUUGACCAUUUUUUCUUGCCCAUACAUUGUGGACCAAUGUAGACUCCAUGUUAGCAGGAGGCAAUACAUAAAACCAAAUUAUACAUGCUUUUAAGUUGUUUCCUAAACAGAUUAAGUGUGAAUGUUUGUUAGAAUUCCAUUUGGACAUUGUAAGGUUUUUUUUAGAAAUUAUUAAUAUUCCUUCCCUUCCCCCUUUGCCACCCUCUUUUCCACAUGUUUGCACUCUGUGCUUCCAUACCCAAGGAAACAUUAUUUUGCUUUCAGGCUACACUUUAAUAAGCCUCUAUUUUUUUGCCAGGACCUGGCGAGCCGUGCCAGAGAAGGCAAGUUAAAAUUGCACGAGUUCCAAGGUGGCUCCUUCACUAUUUCCAACCUUGGAAUGUUUGGUAUCACUGAGUUUUCUGCAGUCAUUAAUCCACCACAGGCUUGCAUUAUGGCUGUAGGUGGUACCCAUCCUGUGCUCACCACAGAAGAGGAAAUCCAAAGUGUGAUGACCGUCACCUUGUCGUGUGAUCGUAGGAUGGUGGAUGAUGAAUUAGCUGCCAGAUGGCUACAAAAUUUCAAAAAGAACAUAGAAAAUCCGUCUCGACUUCUUCUGUAA